ACAAGCCAAGCACACUUCAACCAAACUGAGGUUAAACAUUGACUCAAGCAUUGAUUCAGUGUCCAAAGUCCAGCAAGUUUUGCUGUUUGUCUUGCAGGUGUGUGCACACAGGAAUGUUUGAGGUUGCACAGGUUAAAUGUUUGCUUUGAGCGCUGACUUUUGCUCACAAAUACACAAAUGGAGUAAAAAUAAGUGAGUGCAUUUUUGUAUGAAGUUCCUAUGCACUCAGUGUGUUUGAACUCCAGAAGGAAACUCAGUAUUUCACAGCAGGAAUAAAGCUACACCAACAGGAAAUUAUUUAUCUGGAGUUCUCUCCUGCUUCUUCCCUACUCACUCAACCUGGAUCUCUCCACGUUAGCCUGAGUUUAGAGAAAGUCUGCAGGGUUGUUGUCGUCUGCAUAGAGGCCUCAAAGACAGAGGGACGGCAUCACUGCUGAAAAAAUACACCUGGCUUUAACUGCUUUAGCAUCCCAUAGUUCACUCCAGGAAAAUCAUGGGAAACAUCCAUGUGCCAUCCAUCCAGCGAGCCGCAAAGCGCCUCCACCUUCCAGAGGUUCUGCUAACAACAGACAUGCUGUGUUGCCAGCUUCAGUGGCCUGAGGAUUUCAGCUUUGCUGUUUGCAGAUGAUGAGGUUCUUUGCAUCAUGAGCGCAGAGUGCAGGAAAGAGAAGCAGCAGCUCCAAGGCCAAGGCCAUGGUCCUCAGCUGGAAAUGGGUGGUGUACCCGCUGUGAUCCAGGAUGAGUCGCUGCCUCGAGGUCUUGUUCACAGGUGAAAGGCAGAGCUUGGAGUACAGCUGCUACUCCUCCACAUCGAAAGAAGAUGGUGGUGGAUACUAGGAUGCCCUCUGGGAUACCGGGAGGAAGCUUGGAGGCAGACCCUGGACUGACUGAGGGGUUAUAUCUCAGCUGGCUUGGGAAUGCUUGGAGUCCCACCGGAUUGGCUGGAAGAGGUGGAUGAAGGGGGGUGGUCUGGGUGCCCCCAUGACCCAAAGCUGGAUGGAUGGACGGAUUCAUAGCAAAAUGUAUCUAUAAAAGAUGAAUGUAGCUCUGAUCUGAAAAGCGGCGUAAACCUUCAUUCUUUGCCAGAAGGGGGCGACUUCUCUGACUGCAAAAAUGAUUUUGAUUACAGGAAACCAGCUUCACAGUAAACCUUCCUGAUGACUUUAUCAUGUCUGUCACUGGUCUCAGACCUUAGUGGAUAAAACAGGAUGUUUAUCCUUUAAAUUAUGAGUCAGAUCAACAAGAGUCUGCAGGCUAACGCAGGUCGAGCUUGUGGCUCGCAGGUCUGCAUGAGAGCCCAUCGUUCAGAUCCUCGGUAAAUCUUGUAUUUACCGACUGCACUCAGGGGGUGAUCUCGCCACUGGGGUCAGAAAACACGGGGACCGGAGGGUGAAGGUGGUCCGACUGUCCGAGCUGAUCAGCGUCCUCAGACUCCCCCCGAACGCUGAGGCCUGCCCCAUGGAGAACAUGUGGGCGUUCUGCGUGGAGACUCAGGACAGGACGAUGGUGUUCGCCGCACUCAGAGACGACUGUGCCGACUGGGUGGACAAACUGUGCCAAAGCACGUUUCAGAAAGGAGGCCGUCCACGCUUGAAUCAGCCCCAAAUGGAGGAGAACCAGAUAUACGUCUCAGUAGAAGAAGCCUCUGAAUUCUGGGUGGCGAUUCAGAGGACAGAGGCAGCGACCCGCUGCGGCCUGCAGGGGGCGUACUGGCUGCAGGUGGGGCGGGAGGCACUGCUUCUGAAAGAAACCCAGAAGAAGAACGUUGUUCACGAGUGGCCGUACGAACUCCUGAGACGAUACGGGAAUGAUAAGCUGACCCUAACCAUCGAAGCGGGGCGGCGCUGCGACUCCGGUCCUGGAGUGUUCAUCUUUGAGACGCCGCAGGCCGAGAAGAUAUUCACCCUGAUUCAGAGCACCAUCAAACUGAAGACUUCAUCAACCAACCAAAACCCAGAGGGAGAGAAGGUUGUGGUAACCAACAUACAGGCUCAUUCGCCCCUCCCCAAAGUCCCCGAUAUGACCAACAUAGCCGCCAUCCUGGAGAACAAACUGAGGACAGAGGAGAGCAAAGAAGAGAGCGCACAUGCGCGAGAAGAUCAGCCGCCUCCUAUCACCCUCAUGCCACUCCCACUGGUCCCUAUGUCUGAUGGCUCCUCUGCAGGUAACCAUGGAGACCAGUCAGAGGCCAUAUACGCUAAUCCGAGUGACUGCAUCCGACCGGUGAUGAAAACCCCGCCUGUCAGAUCCACGUAUAUCGACCCUGCGAGCGUUCUCCCUCUCAAACCCCCAUGUGCCGCUCCGCAUCCCCCCCCUCGUGCCGACGACCCGGAUUCGGUCUACUCGGAGGUGUACGACAAGAUCAGCCCUCACCAGAACAAAGACAACGUCCUCCAGAAAAAAGAAGAAAUGAAGGUUUCUGCAGAGGGUGAUCCCGUCUACGCCCAACCCAGCAGCCGGAGCAAAGUGUCUCUGAAAAGUGAAGCCAAGGCCGACCCCUUUGCUCAUCUUUACGCUCAUGUCUGUAAGAAAGCACCAUCGUCUAGCCCCUCGUCAUCCAAUGAGAGCACCCCUUCCUCCUCCUCGUCUCCUAUCGCCAACACGAGCACAACAAAAGCCACGGAUUGUUCGCUUGAUGAUGUAAUCUAUGAAAACCUGGGCAUCAUUUAACUGUGGUGUUUAGAAGACAUCUGAAACAAUCAAUGACAUUCUUCAUAGUAAAAUUGUUUGAAAAAUCUGUUAAACUUGGCCGUGUUACCGCAGCAGAUAUGUUGUAGGCUAACCACAGACUGUAGAACUUUGGGACUGGACGUCAGAGGAACUGCUGGUUUUGUAAGGUCAGGGAUCAGAUGGCCUCACUUUUCAGCUUCGCUCUGUUUGAGAAACUUCUUGCUCGCUUCCUAAAAUAUGAAUAUUUAAUCAUUAAGACAGGUAAAUAAAUAAACCUGCAUGAAUGUGCUUUAUGUUAAUGCAUCUGUUUAUCUGCAUAUUUAUAAGUUUAGCACUCCUGUGUUGCAUAUUCAUACUCUGACUGAUAUUUCCACAAACACUAUAGUAUUAUUUUACAUAUAAAACUGUAAACAUGCUUGUUUGGUUAAGAUGAACAAAUGUAUGUAUGUCCCAGACUCAUGUUACAUACAUGGGUCCUACUAUGUUUCUGUGUAAAUAUAGGAGAUAUAACAGGUAUCGCCAUCAUCUGUUACUGUAAGUGUUAUUGUGUUUUAUUCUAAUAUUGUGCUUUAAAUAAAACAAAUAUGUUACAUUUUUGUUCCACUGAAUGAAUCC